AUGACGUUCCCAAAGCGCCCCAAGAAAAGAUCGAAGAGCUCUUCCAAAAAGAGUCAAAACAAGACCCCGGAGCAGCCUCCGCAGCAAAGCUUCCGUUCAAGCAGUCAAGUCCUCUGCCCUAAACGGGACAAGAGACGCAGUGGCGAAAAAAGCUGCCGCAUCAAAGCCCAUCCGACUGUCCCUGGUGGCCGCUACUGCGACAGGCACCAAAAGCUGUGUCGUCUUUGUGAGGGCUCGCCGAGGCAUAAGAUCACUGAGAAGUGCCCCAGUUGCAUGAUCAGGUGGAAGAAAGAAGAGCUGGAGAAGAAGACGGAGAAGACCUAGAUAGGAAUCAGAGAAAGAAGAAGAAGAGGAAGACCAGAAAGAAGAAGAGGAGAAAAAAACAGACAAAAAAGAGAACCAGACAAGAAAAAGAACAAGAGGACGAGGAAGGAAGAGAGGAAAAAGAAAAAGAGGAG